UAUACUAGCUCUAAAACAGCGAGUUCUGUAUUCUAAUUCAUCACUAAACAAAUGAGUUGUCAUGACUAGACACCAAGCACUGAGUUGUAUAGGCAAACGUAAUGAGCUUAUGGUUAGUAGGCUACUUGAGCCUUUACAAUUUGAUAUGGACGAUGCAACAAUACGCAGUAUAUGAACAUGAGUUACCCAUUUAAACCUGUGAAUUCACAAGGCUCGGUGGAAAAACAAGUUUGUUCCCUUGCAAGAAUUAGGAAGGGGACACCUCACACAUUUGGAGGUAUGACCGGUACGGCCAGAAUGGCCGGUACAGAGGCACUAAUGCAGAAUUUGUAUAAUCUGACUACAUAUUACAAUGCAGUUAUAAUACACCUGAAUAUACAAUGCGAGUAAAAGCUGGUGAAUGUAUUGAGAAUUAACAUGGAUAAUGUUCUGGACACUGACAAGGCAGAAGACACAGGCUUGGUGACCAUCACUAACACUGCCCUUUCUUGCGUUAUCUGGAUACUUCCAAAUUUUGAAAUCAUUAUAGUAACAUAAACUAGUUGGAACGGCUGGAAAGCAUGAGAAUGAGUUUGUUGAAGGGAAAACCUUAUCAUUCCCCUUGGCCAGAUGACCUCUAAACUAGCGCAUAUUAACCUUUUACCCGUGU